AUGUUAAAUAAUAUUUUGUUGGAAAGCAGAAGAAAUGAAGAAAAUCAGGCACAAAGAAAUUCUGAGUCUUCUGUUCCAGACAAUUCAACUAUGCAAACCAAUAAUUUAUAAUAAUCCUCUAAUCUUAAUUUAACUACAUAAGAAGCUGGCUCUCGUAAUACUUUUGCUUAGUUAGAUUAAAUUUACUAGCCCUUGUUAUAACCCAAUCAAUAGUUAUCUGGUUUGGAUGACUAACAAAAAUAGAGAUUUCUUAUUUAAAUAACAGGAAUUUGGGUGUUUCAAGAAGCUAUUCAGAUAAUUAUGUCGGUCAUAACUAUUUUAGAUUUUAACUACGAUAAUUUGUUUUAUAAUUUUGACAAGGAAAAAUAUCGAGCAUCCUUGUAUCUCUUUUUCUUAAUAUCUGCCAUACAAUUGCUGCUAAUCAGAUUCUAUAAACCAUUUAGAUGUGUACAUAUUCAAAAUUAUUACCAAGAAACAUAAUGCAUUUUUCAUAUUCUUGAUUUUCACUAUCUCUUAUGCCUUAUGGAUUAGCGGUCUCAUAACUGCAGAACAUUCAGAUAUAUGGAAUAUAGAAAACUCUGUCCAGAUCGGCUUUGCCAUUUUCAUCGGUAUUAUAUGCAAUUUUCUUACCUUGAUCACUAUUCAAUAUCAUUUCUCUCUGACCAAACAAUAGAUAUCAUUUUUUAGUAAAAUACUUUAAUAUUUAUAGGGACCAUCAAGUAUGUUUGUAUUCCUCCCUUUAUUUAUGCCUUUAUAUUUCAAAUAUUCAAUCCUUUUGAUUAUACUGCUGUGCUCAUUUUCUGGAUGGCCACCGAAUUAUGGGCAUUUACUUUCGGAGGGUUAUACUUAUAUAGUGUACUACAAAUAGUAAAUGGUAAAGUAAAGAAAGAUAAAUUAAUUUUAGUUUAAUCUCAAUCAAGAUUAAACAAUCUCUGCAGCACUUUUAGCAUUUAUAAACAUGUUUUUUCCAUUAGGACAUAUUUGAUAUCAUAUAAUUAAAUUACAUUUCUUAUCGAAUUUAAAACAUACUUAUUUAAAAAAUACAUUAAGAUUAAUCAAUUUCAAUUUAGUCUUCCAUUUCGAAUUUUUAAUAAUUUUAUUUAUAGAAAAAAAUGUAAUCUAUUCUUUAUGUAAUAAAACAGCAGGUAGACUCUGAAAGAGCAAUAUUAGAUAUGCAAUUUAAAUGAAUUUUAAUAAUAUUAUUCGUAUUUCUAAAGAAAAACCCUCAGUGAAUUAUUUUUAUUACAAUUUGAAUUUAUUUAAUAAGACAACAGGAUUGGUUUAUCUCAUAAAAUGGACAAUUAUAACCUUAGUUAUAUUUAAAUAUUCUAUAAAUGUCUUAUUGUAUACAGAAUGAGCUUAAUAUAAAUAGUAGAGUUGUAAAUAAAUUUUCAACUAUUAGGCAACGGAAUUUUAUUUGA